AUGCCUAAAGCCAAAAAGCCCGACCCCAAAGCGCCCCCGCCAACCCGCAAGUCCCCCGUGGCUCCUCCAAACUGGCCGCCGCUUCGCCCACUCCUCCCUGCCACCGACCUGACCCUCACUCCUCUUCUCACCGACCAGAUCUAUCUGAUUCGCAACUUCUUCCCCGGCACCCUGUGCAAGUCCUACGCCUCAUUCCUAGCCUCACUGCCUUUAACUACCACACCCGGCAAGCCAAAGAAGGAUGAGGCGGUGCGCGUGAAUGACCGGUUCCAGAUAGAAGAUACGCGGUUUGCGGAGAUGGUGUGGAGUGAAACGGCGUUGAAGGAGCUAGUCACCACCCGCUUUGACGAAGAUGAAUACAACUACGAUGAUUAUGAUGAUAAUGAAGAAAGCAAACCACCCGCAGAUCUGUCGCAAAAAUGCAAGCAGACCUGGGGCGGAGAGCCAUUGGGCCUGAACCCAAAUAUUCGCAUCUAUCGAUAUUCCCCCGGUCAAUUCUUUGCACAGCAUUAUCUAGAUGACGAAUCCAAUGCCUUGACCUUCCUGCCACCCUCGUCUACCAAGUCCGUGCCGGCGCGGACAACCUGGACCCUACUCAUCUACUUGACCACCUGCUCCGGCGGCGAGACUGUCUUCUAUCCUGAACCUACACGUGCAGAUCCAAAUCCAGAGCCAAUAUCCGUGGCGCCCGAGGCGGGGCUGGCGUUAUUGCAUCGCCAUGGGGAUCAUUGUAUGCUGCAUGAGGGGAUGGAGGUCACCAGUGGGGAGAAGUGGGUGCUGAGAAGUGAUCUGGUAGUUGCGCGGUGA